UCCCAAUCUGUGAAUAAACCAAUGGAGGAGUUUGUAAGAAAGCUGGUUAAGACGUCUGAUUUAAGUUUGCUGACAAAAGGAACCAUUAAAAAAGCAUACAAAAAUAAAGUUGGUCGGGAAAUUACAGCUGAUGAAAAAAACACCCUGAAUCUAGUUUUGAAGAAUAUUCUUACUGAUAUCAACCAACAUGGUGGAAAUAAGGAAAAUGCUCAAUCCCUUGCCUCGCCGUUAAAACGAGUAGAAUCUCCAGGUAAACGUACGCCUGUUAAAAAGAAAGAGAAAUCUGCAGUGCCUCUUCAGUGUAGCAGAGAUAAGAAAACCUCCCGGACCUCUGUUUCCCCCAAACUGAGGGUGGAUGAAGUAGUAGAUGCUGUGAUGAAGUCCAGCGAUGAGGAAGAUGAGAAUGAAGAUGAAACAUCACACAUCUCACCCCAGAAAAAGAAAUCUCCACUGAAGAAAAAGUCUCCUGUAAAGAAAGCAAAACAAAAUGUUAAAAAGAAAAAUAUUGAUAGAAUAGAAGAAGUAGUCAGCGCGGUUCUGGACUCGGAGAAUGAAGAUGAUGAUGGCAAGAGUGGGGAUGUCUCAGAUGAAGAUGCUGAGGAUUCAGAUGAUAACGAGAUGAAAAGAAAGCUUUCAUCAGAUGAGUCAGACAGUGAAGAUGAAUAUGAACCUUUUAAAGAUGAAUCCAAAUUUAUUUCUCCUAAAAAGGUUUUGAAGAAAAAUGGGAAGAAAAAUCAGUCGGUGAAGAAAAGAGGAAAUCAGAAAAAGAGGAAGAGGUACAGUCUGAGUUCUGAUAGUGAUGUGGAGGAGGAGGUGAUCAUUUCUGAGAAAUCAAGCGAAGACUCCUCUAGUGAGGAAGAACCUGUGAGGACUAAGAAGUCUGUCAAAAGGAAGAAGGUCAUCUCUAGUGAUUCUGAACAAUCAGAGGAAGAAUGUAAACCCAAACGACAGAGGACACUCUACAGUAAGAAGAUUAAAAUAUCUGAUGAUGAUGAUUCUGAUAGCAAAACGGAGAAUAAACCAAGCAGAACUAAAAAUACAUCGGGGGGAAAGAAAAAAAGCACAGUGUCAAAGAAAGUGAAAUCUGUAGAAAAAAAUGUUUUCAGUAUCACUGAAGUGUCAAGUUCUGAAGACGAAGGCCUGUCACUAGCACAGCUCAGAAAGCUAUCUGCAUCUAGUCAGGAUAGUUGUAAAGGGGAGAAAACUCUGUCAGAAUCAGAUGUGAAGAAAAAUGUGAAGAAGAGUGACAAGAAAGAUAAGCAGGACAAAUCUAAGUCCAAGGCCCCUCCCAGUAAACACUCAAAGAAAGCAGGGAGUGAAACAAAUAGAACAGGUAGGAAAAUGACAAAUAAACGUAGUGAAAAGAAACAAAAGAAGAAGAAAAAAGUGAUAGAGUCUGAGGAUGAGUCGGAAGGCUUGGAGAUAAUUUCUACAGACUCGGAUUCUGAAGAGGAUGUGCCCCUCUCUGUACACAGGAAGACAUCUUCAUCAAGUGUGAAAGAGGCUGAAAUAGACUCAGACAAAGAAAACUCAGAUUCUGAGGAAGAUGUCCCACAAUCUAAACACAGAAAAACAUCAUCAUCAAGUGUUAAAGAGGCUAAAAUAGAGUCAGACAAAGAAAACUCAGAUUCUGAAGAAGAUGUCCCACAAUCUAUACACAGAAAAACAUCAUCAUCAAGCUUUAAAGAGGCUGAAAUAGAGUCAGACAAAGAAGAAAUAGAUCAGGAUUCAGACAGUAGUUCAGUUUCUGAGAGCAAGGCUUCAACAAAGAUUACAUCUGUUGAAAAGAAAAAGAAAACAUCUAAAUCAACAACAAAGGAUUCAGCCAGUAGUUCAGAUUCCGAUAAUGAGGCUUCAACAAAGAUUACAUCUGUUGAAAAGAAAAAGAAAUCAUCAAAAACAGCUACAAAGAUUUCCCCGAGGGAGGGUAAUGAAGAGGGUGCUCGGAUGAAGGAGUUACGUAAAAUCUGUCGGGCGGUGGGGAUCCUGGUCACGAAUUCCCGACACCUCUCGGGAUGUACCACGGAAAACCAGAAAAUAAAUAAACUGAAGCAACUGCUGAGGGAGGCAGGCAUGGAAGGUAGGCCAAGUAUGAAAAAAGUGGAGGAGGUGAGGCUAAUGAAGGAAGCGGCUGAGCUAGAUACACACAACAUACUGAAAGUAGAGGGGAGAGGGAAAAGGAAAGUGAACAGCUUAUUUUCAAGGUCAGAUAAUUCUCCCAAGGUCAAGGCCACACCACCAAGAGAAAAGUUCAGUAGAUUGAGGGACAUUAUAGACAGUGACUCUUCUGACUGAGGAGGUUAAGCCAGGCUAGGAGAGGGAGACCCAUUGUAUGGGGGUACCCUGCAGAGCCAAGGAGAAUUUGACUUUGAGGUGACAUUGGGUGCAGCUACAAUAGAGCAGAGCCAAUUACAUUCCUGCCUCCAAUUACAUUAUAGAUCUGAUCACUCAAGGAUGAAUAUGCUUAUCAAGAUCAUUAAUUCUGCACCAAAGUUUGAAACAGGACUUGAUUCAUCUGUCAGAGUUUUUGAACAUAAACAAUUUUAAAUGGCUAUUAGUUUUGACAGUGUUUACAUUCACUCUUUUGAAGUACAAAUUGUGAAAGAUUUGGAUUGUACUUUUUAGAAAGAGUAAAGCUUUAGAAAAUUUCAUAUAUGUCUAUACUUGAUCUUAUUUUAAGCUCUUUAAUCAGUAAUGUUUGGUACAUGUAAGUAACUUGUAUUCAGCUUUUAC